CGCCUCUAAUACUUGAAUUAGAGUCAUGAAUCACAUGUCCCUCCAGAUCUCCUUGCCUGAUCGCACGAUUCUGCGCCUGCAAUUUGGACGCUUGGACCUGGUAGCUUCCACGGGUGCCGAUUGCUUCCCUGCAAAUCACGACACAAGACCUUGCAGCAUUUCUGAGAGUCGCACGUUCAAUCGCAGCAGGAGGCCGUUGUGCUGCGUCAAGCCUGGUCUCCCGCAAUGUCGAGCUCAAGGCCGCCGAUAUGGCAGACAGUCGGACUGUGCAUGUUGCUCGCUGUGCUCUCCGCCGUCGUCUUCACGCUGCAGUUCGUAUCUGCUCACAUACGCAACACCAAGAAAGCCAACAAGUCAAGGCGGAGGGAAUUGCUCGAGCGUGCCGGAUUCAAUGACAGAGAGGAGAGGAACAAGAAGACCAUUGUCGGCUUCUUUCAUCCUUACUGCAAUGCGGGUGGUGGCGGAGAGAGGGUGCUCUUCCAGGCUCUGCUGCAUCAUCUUGAAACACAUGAGGACCACGUGCUGGUGAUCUAUACUGGAGACGUCGGCAUCGAAAGCAGCUUGAGGCACUUGAACCGUCCUUGGAACGGUAUGGGAACCGCGACACCCGCAGAAAUCCUUGAACGCUGCACCGCUCGCUUUGGCAUCCCUUUAUCGACUCACCCACGCAGGCAUCAAAUCCAGUUCCUUCCGCUUAAAUCCAGAGCCAUGGUGGCCGACUCUUAUUGGAAACGGCUCACUCUCCUAGGCCAGAGCUAUGGAAGCGUGAGGAUGGCCAUUGAGGCGAUAGGCGAAGUGCUGCCAGACGUUUGGAUAGAUACGAUGGGCUACGCGUUCUCCUACCCAACAGUGCAAGCAUUCAGCUCGAAAGUGCGGAUCGGAGCAUAUACACACUACCCAACGAUUAGCACCGACAUGGUCUCGCGAGUCGCACUGCGCAAAGCGAGUCACACGAAUCCUGCAGGUAUCGCUUCGAGCGCGCUCAAAAGCCGUCUGAAGCUGGUCUACUACCAGAGCUUUGUCUGGGCUUACUCUAGGGCUCUUCGUUGCGCCGACGUCAUUGUCGGAAAUGGCAGCUGGACCGCAGCACACCUGAGCAACCUGAUUGGAUCGACACAGCAGGUUCGCGUCCUCUACCCUCCAUGCGACACUAGCCGUCUCGCAAAGUUGUCUCUCGAGUCUAGACACGCGCGCACGCUUGUCAGUCUCGGCCAAUUCCGGCCGGAAAAGGAGCAAGCUAAUCAAUUGCGGAUCUUGAGAGCAACGCUAGACGCCAACUCCAAGCUCCGCGAAGCUCGGAAUCCUCUGCGGCUGCUCAUGAUAGGGAGCUCAAGAGAUGCGACAGAUGAAGCGCGCGUCGAGAGCCUUCGUGCCUUGGCCAAGGAAAUGAAGCUCACGCACGCUGAUGGCCCUGAUCAUGUCGAGUUUCUCGUCAACGCGAGCUACGACAGCUUGAUCAGCUCAUUGGGAACUGCCAGUAUCGGCAUCAGUACCAUGGUGGAUGAACACUUCGGCAUCAACGUCGUCGAGUUCAUGGCAGCUGGGCUAAUCACGCUUUCUCACGCCUCGGCAGGUCCUCUGUUGGACAUCGCGGUGCCAGACGAGCAAGGUCGCAGGACCGGCUUCCAUGCUCGGUCGGUAGACGACUUUGCCGGAACUUUGCAAAGCAUCCUCGCCCUGCCUUCUGAUGAGGUCAUCGCUAUCCGCCAAAGAGCCAGGACAAGAGCGUCGGAGACCUUUGGAGCCGACGCUUUCUGUGAGAGGUGGGAGCGGAUGAUGUGGGGCAAGCUGCGCCCCGACUCGUCGACCAGGCCCAAGGUUCAAUAAAAAUCGGUUUCAUCAGUACUCGCUAUGGUUCCUACCCAUCCCUUGAGCUGCGAUCGAGACCCGCUGUGUAGGUAGUCAGCGCUCGACUUUACGUGGUCUGCAACGCCACGCAGUUGUGUUGCUACCCCGUGCUUGAUCCUUCGGGCGCACUAGA